CGCGUUUCCUGUCUGGGCGGAGGAGGUUUGUCCCUGCGGCGCCGCCGUCCCCCAGCGGCUCGCGGCUAGCGUCAUGGCGGCGGCUCUCUCAAUGUCAGCGGCGCUGAGGCACCUUGUCGCCCGGAGCGCGGCCGCCGCGGCCCGCCUCUCGCCGCCCAGGUCACUGAGCACUUCCACAUGGCGGCUGGCACAAGACCAAACUCGAGACACGCAACUCAUCACAGUUGAUGAAAAAUUGGAUAUCACUGCUUUAACUGGUGUUCCAGAUGAGCACAUCAAAACCAGAAAAGUUCACAUUUUUGUUCCAGCACGUAAUGCAAUGCAGGCGGGAGUGAACAAUACAAAGAAAUGGAAGAUGGAAUUUGAUAACAGGGAGCGCUGGGAGAACCCUUUAAUGGGCUGGGCAUCUACAGCUGAUCCUUUAUCCAACAUGGUUCAUACUUUCUCUACUAAAGAAGAUGCCAUUGCCUUUGCUGAAAAAAAUGGCUGGAGCUAUGACAUUGAAGAGAAAAUUCCAAAACCUAAAUCCAAGUCUUAUGGUGUAAACUUUUCUUGGAACAAAAGAACAAGGGUGUCGACAAAAUAGGUUGGCAUUGGCUGUCUGACUGUGAGUAAAGUCAGCUGUGCCAUAUUUAUAGACCAUGUAUAAUACAUCUCUUAAUCUCCUAAUAAAUUUGACCUUUAAACUACA